UCUUCAGAUCACGUGUUUGACAACUGUAAAAGGGCCUGGGCUUCCGGAAUAAGGAUUGGUUGUUAUGGAGUUGUUUACAGAUUUCGCCGGUUGGGUCUGAGCACGUUGAAAAUACUGUCAUGACUGUAAAUAGUUGGACAGUUGUAGGACAGAAUAAAUUAAAAAAUUGUUAACUAUGCUUAGUAAAAUGUUUCCAACCCAUACUGAAAUGGGUUGCACCUCUAAUAUCCUAAUAUGCAUUUCUCUUGCUACUAUGUAUGUUGGAAGUUUAUAUGUUUGGCGCAACACCCAUGGCAGGGAUCACCCAUCAACGAUUAAAAAGAGAUUCCUAAGUGUCUUUCUUAUGUCAUUUGUUUCUGCAACUGUUGUAUAUAUAUUUACAGACAAGCUUUAUUUUGGAUAUGAAGUAACAUAUUGGUCCCUAAUGGGUAUUCGCUUAUCUGGUCUAGUUCAAGCUAUAAUUCUGCCUUUAUUUCUCACAAUGGUACUUUUUUUGGGUCCAAUGUCUCUCCAUUAUAAUGAAGGACUCUACCAGAGAUUUUUUGAUCUCAAAAUGUGGUUAUAUUGUCUAACUAAUGUUGUAUGGUUAAGAAAUCAUGUGAUAGCUCCAUUUUUUGAAGAAUUUACUUUUAGAGCCUGUAUGCUGCCAAUAUUAGUGCCAUGCUUUGGGAAAAAUAACUCUGUGAUCUUAUGCCCAUUCUUUUUUGGAAUUGCUCAUCUUCAUCUUUUGAAUGAAAAGUUGGCCCAUGGGGCCAAAUUCAAGGCAGCCAUUAUGCAAUCUUUGUUCCAGUUUGCCUACACUACUGUAUUUGGUGCUUACUCAACUUAUUUAUUCUUACGAACAGGUCAUGUUGCUGCUCCUGUCAUCGUCCAUGCAUUUUGCAACCACAUGGGAUUUCCUGACUUUGGACAGUUGUUUACUAUUGAAGGGCCUAAGCAGUCUGUUCUCAUGUUGUGUUUUGUUGCUGGUCUUGUUAUGUGGAUGCUAAUGUUAGAGCCUUUGACUGAACCACAAAUUUAUAAUAAUACUCUAUAUUGGCCAACGACUUAGUCUACUUUUGUAUAAAAGAAUUGUAAAGAAUAGGUGCUUUAUGUAUUUAUAUUUUUAUUGCCUUACAAACUGAGAAUAAUUUACUAAUGUUUUUAAUUUUGAAGAUAUUUUUAUUGUAAAGAACUUUCAUAAAAAAGACUAUAUUAGAAGAUAAUAAAAAAUAGUUUGAGAUAUAUA